UCAUCUUUCAGUCACACCUUCUUGGGUGGCCUUCAGAAGGAAGCAGAGUAAACACCAGAAGGUGAGUAUUUCCCAAAUCCUGUUGACAACAACAUUUUCCUCAUGGAGAGAAAUGCAGAACUCAAGAGAAAGGAGAUGGACAUGAAGAUGUACAGCCUACAAGAAAGAAAGGACCAUGUGUCCCAAGAGGUCAAUGAGCCCCAGGAUGAUGACUACCUUUAUUGUGACAAGUGUCAGAACUUCUUCAUUGACAGCUGUGCUGUGCAUGGGCCCCCUACAUUUGUAAAGGACACUGCAGUGGACAAGGGGCAUCCCCACCGCUCAGCCCUCACCCUGCCCCCUGGGUUGAGAAUCGGGCCAUCGGGCAUCCCUGAGGCUGGGCUUGGAGUGUGGAAUGAGGCAGCAGACUUGCCAGUGGGUCUGCACUUUGGCCCUUAUGAAGGACACAUCACAGAAGAUGGAGAGGCAGCCAAGAGCAGAUACUCCUGGCUGAUCACCAAAGGGAGAAACUGCUAUGAGUAUGUGGAUGGGAAGGACAGAUCCUGGGCCAACUGGAUGAGGUAUGUGAACUGUGCCCGGGAUGAUGAAGAGCAGAACCUGGUGGCCUUUCAAUACCACAGGCAGAUUUUCUACCGAACCUGCCGGGUCAUCGGCCAGGGUUGUGAGCUGCUGGUCUGGUGCGGGGACGAGUAUGGCCAGGAGCUGGGCAGCAAGUGGGGCAGCAAAUGGAAGAGACAGCUGCACGUCCGAGAGAGGUGGGCACCACUUGUUCUUCAAAACAGAAAGAAAAGAGAGAAUUCUCCUUAG